CAUCUUUUUUCGAAGCACCAUGUCUAUCAACUACUACCAACGUAUUGUUGAGGAGUUUACGUUUGAGAACAAGCCCCUACUUCUGGCCUCCACAGUUUCUUCGGCUGUUGGGUUCCUUACAUACUUUAUGUGUGUCCGGAAAACGCUUACUGAGGGAAAAGGCCCUAUGCCAUUCUGGAUGCAUACCUUCUUUCUCGCUCACGAUUCUGUUUGGUGCUACCUUCUUGGUCAAGCCGCGCCUCAGUACGACAACCAUUGGUAUCUAGCAGGAAUGUCCAAGGGACUUUUUGUAUGGUCUCUGCUAGAGAUUUGGUGCAUCUAUAAGACUAUCAAGGAAGAUAGGAAGAGAACUUUCUCAUCAUUCUUUGGUCCGGACCCGCCGCUGUCUUCAGUCCUUUUCUACACUGUUGCAAACGUCUUAGCCAUGUAUGGCAUUGUCGUCUUGGGCAUCAUCCUCAUGGGCGAUGAGUGUGUCAUGCAAUGGUUUGGCUUGACGAACGUCGUUGCUGCUGUGGGCCCCAUGCAUGAGUACCUGCGGAGAGGGUCAAGAGAAGGCCUUUCACUCGUCUUCUGUUUUCUGAAUAUCAUCGGCACAAUUUGGACAUUCGCCCCAUUCGGAAUGUGGGUCCUGGUCCUACCUGAGAUAUACGACCAGUUCGCAUACUAUGCCAUAGGAUCUAUGAUGGUACUUUACUCCAUCUUGGCUUAUGCUAUAGUAGCUGCAUAUCCUUCAAAGACAAAGCUCACAUAGCUAAGAACUUAUCGUUAGAGACAACGUAUGAGACGAAACAAGCAUAUAGCCUCGAGAAAGCUCAGUAUUAGAGGACGUUGCAGAGCUUCGCGGA